CUCAGAAAAGCAGAAACUUUUGAGAAACCUGAGAGAUCUUAAGACUUCCAGAAAUGAAGAGCUUGUUUCUCGUCUUUCUACUUUCAGUAGCAUACUGCUCGGCUUUUCCAGCUGCAACUUCACAGGACAAUGAAAAGAAUGCCAAGUUUGCUGAAGAGUAUUUGAAAAAAUACUACAACCUUAAAACGGAUGGGGUGCACCAGUCCAGAAAGAAAAAUUCUAGUAAGUUUACAGAGAAGAUUCGCCAGAUGCAGCAGUCCUUUGGUUUGAAGGUGACCGGAACGCUUGACUUAGAUACUAUGGAAAUGAUGCAGCAACCCAGGUGUGGGUUUGUCGAUUUGGGUGAAUACAGUGUAUUCCCAGGAAACUCUGGAUGGAAGACAAGAGAACUCACAUACAGAAUAGUGAAUUAUACACCGGACAUGACCAUUGCCGAGGUGGAUGCAUCUAUCCAGAGAGCCUUCCAGGUUUGGACAAAUGUGACCCCCUUGACCUUUACUCGAAUUUACAAAAGUGUUGCUGAUAUUGAGAUCUCAUUUGCAGCACAAGAGCACAAUGACUACUAUCCAUUUGAUGGUCAGCAUGGAACUCUGGCCCACGCUUUUGCCCCAGGUACUGGAAUCGGAGGAGAUGCUCAUUUUGAUGAAGAUGAAACAUGGACUAGUGGAUCUAAAGAUUAUAACUUGUUCCUUGUGGCUGCUCAUGAAUUUGGCCAUUCCUUGGGUCUCUCACACUCUAAUGAUCCCAGCGCUCUCAUGUACCCAACUUACCACUUCAUUGAACCCAGUGAAUUCCACCUGCCUGACGAUGACAUUAGAGGAAUUCAGUCACUCUAUGGAGCCAGAGAAGUCCCAGUAGUUACACGACCACCAAGCACUCCUUCUUCCUGCCAGCCAAUCACUUUUGAUGCUGUGACAACUCUGCGGGGAGAGAUGUUAUUCUUCACCAACAAAACUUUCUUGCGCCAGAUUUCUCAGAAUUCAAAGGCUGAGCAUCAUUUAAUCAAAACAUUUUGGCCUGCCCUUCCAAAUCAUAUUCAAGCGGCUUAUGAGUACAAACAAAAGGACCAACUUCUUAUCUUUAAAGGUGCUAAUUAUUGGGUUAUCAGUGGUUAUCAAGUCACAAAGGAUUCACCCAAAAGCAUCUAUGACUUGGGCUUUCCCAGAACUGUUAGGAGAGUUGACGCUGCAGUCCAUGAUGAAAACACAGAAAAGACCUACUUCUUUGUAGAUGACAAAUUCUGGAGUUUUGAUGAAACAAAGCAGAAGAUGGAUUCUGUAACACCUCAGAAAAUCAUUGAUGGCUUCCCUGGUGUUGGAACUAAGGUUCAAGCUGCUUUACAAAAGGAUAGACUUCUUUAUUUCUUUGUCGGUCACAACCAGUAUGAAUUCAGCACGGCUAAAAAGAGAGUCACCCGUUUACUGAAGAGCAACAGCUGGCUGAAGUGUGGAAAUGUGAACAUCAACCUGAAGAAAGCUCUGAUAAAAUAAAUCAUGCCUUUUUCAUAUUUACAUUUACAUGUUUAACUUAUAUAUAUAAUGAUAUUUUUUGUAUCUAUU